AUGCUCUGGAAGCCAAUUGUCGUGGCGUCGGUGCUGGCCAGACAGGCCCACGCCGGUUUUCGGGGAGUCGUCGCUGGUGAGGCCCUGGCCGGACGCACGACGCAUGAUUGGGAACGAAGGAUGGCCGCUGCACUUGCUGAAGAGGCAAACUAUGUACCGCGCGUUGUGGUCAAGCGCGCUGAGACAAAUGCCACGGCGGGCACGACGAUGACGACGACGACGGCCGGCACUGGUGUCGUCCUAAACGCCGACGGCACGAUCAACAUGACGGCAUGGGACAACACCGCCACUGCCGCCUGCAACGCGGCACUCACCAAGCUCCCCGAAUCGUCUAACCCGUCGGGCACUUGCAUUUGCUACAAUCUUCCCGCACUGGACAACACCACUGGCACCUUCGAAGCCGAUCUGCGGCUGUUCCAGCUGUCGACCCCUUCGGGCGAGUUCGAGGGCAUCCCGCCAGAAAACAUCCAGGUCGGCCUCAGCUACGCCAGUGCUUCGGUGUCACCUGUGUCGGUGGCGUCUGCGUCGAAGCUGGUCGUAGGACGUGCCGACACGUCGGCCAACGGCAGCCUGCGUCUUUUGCAGCAGUACCUCUUUGUCGGCCAGAUCAAAAAGGACACAAUGACGCCCAACAUGAACACGGCUCAGCUUGAGGCUCUCGUCAUGCCUGUCUUGACACUCACCGGCACCAACAGCAACGGCAAGACAGUGUCCACCAACGUGUCGUCCAACGAAGCUGCCUUUGUGGCCGGCGUGUUCAGCUCGACCGUGGUCAUGUCCACCACUGCGAUUGCCCAGGCAGCCGUUAACGAGUUGCUCAAUGGCCUUCAUAACGGCACGGUCGCCUUUGUGCUGCCGGGUGUCCAAAUUAUUACAUUUCCCAUCGGCCUCGUCAUCAUCAGCGUUUGGCUCUCCGUUGCCCUUGCAUUCAUCGGCUUCGGCAUGGCCGAGCGCAUCUCCUACCGCGAAACAUAUAAGCGGCGCACCGUCAUGUCGACCAAGCCCUCGACGAGCAGAAUAUAG